CAGCGCUUCGGGCGAGACCUUUCCUUCUCGUUGCCCAGCCGGCGCCAGCCUGGACCACCGCAGACAGUUGGACACAAAGCUUCUCAGCUUCACCAGGCGUGGACAGCCUGCUCGCAGCGCACGACAUCGUGACAGCAGCUUGCUUGGCAGUGUGGCUCUUCCUAAUCACUAAAGCGAGUCGCAUGGAGGGCACUCGAGGAGCCAAAGCAAUGAGUUCUACCAGUCUGGCAACAUUGGCCUUCUGUCUCUGCUCUCGACUAUCCAUCCUUUGCAUCAGUACUAGCAGCACGGCGCUGCAAGUCCAUCGACGCACAAGCAGAGUUUCCACACCACACGCCACAUCCGGCAGGACUUGGCCGCUCCUACUCUUGAUCUACUCCAUCUUUAUGGUCCUCGUCAUCUCUACCUCGUAUGCUCUUCGCCGCCCAUCUUUGUCACAUGAGCGAGGUCCCCUCUUUCUGAUACUAAUGCAGGUCUUGCUCGUCGUGGAGCUCACAGCAGCUGUCGCACUGCUUCUGACAUCUGCAUGGAAGCCGCAAGUGCCAUCAACAACUCCAAAGGACGUCUCAUUGAGGAGGCUUGCCCUUCCUCUUUCCAUCAGGGUAGAUACCGAGAUGGAAACAGACUUCGACCCUGGCUCUCCUGGCGGACGCUCUAAGCAUCACACAUUGGUUGGCAACGUCACUCCGAGAUUGGCGAGGCCAGGCGGCUUCAAAUUCCCUGCCCCUCGCAAUUCCAUCACUCAGAGCCAUACUCCCACCAUUGGAGAUCUUACCGCUGACCAGGUGCGAGCGUACGCUAUCGUCUCGCCUGAACGCGCCUUUGACGCUAUGCUCAAGGACGCUCGUGACAGUGCCUUUGUAGCAGACAAGAACGACAUCAAGAACGAGGGCGCUGGUAUUCCUGUUAGCCAUCAAGACGGCAUCUCAGGCGCAGCUGCUGGAGCUCUUCGUAAGACAGCCCUGGAAUACCGGUCGACGCCAAAGAGGCACAGCGACAUGCACACGUGGUCGAUGAGUCAUCCCGAGUCCUCCAGUACGAGCAGGGAGACUGCUUUCCACCAACUAGGCUCAACCCUCGCGACGCCUCAUCAGAUGCUCAGCCCCAUCGAUCAGCAGCGCCGAGCUCUCAGGUGGACGUUUACAUAUCGGGCAAUGUCUGCUUUACUCGGAGCGUGGGUGCAGAUCUGCUGUGCUCUGCCCUUUCUUGUGCAGCAGCUGUUGCCGGCAAGAAAUGACAGCUCCGCACUGCUCAUCUUGAUGGUCGCUGGCGUUGUGCUGAACGCUCCAUUGUUGGCAGCUCAGAUUUGGCUGACGAGCGACGGCGCACCGGUUAGCUCUGACGCAAUCAGACAUGUGAGGAAAUCAGAGCAAGUCUUCGGAACGCACGCAACCCCUGAAGUGACCAAUCGGUCGGCUCUUUCACGACCCUCAAAGUCUUUCUCUUUACAUAUCCUCAGUAGGGACUCGCCAGGCUCUACUCCACGGCCAUCAACGUCGGCUUCAUUUUCAUCGUCAACAAAGACAUGCGUAGGCUCGGUGCCCUAUGUCAAGGCUCACUGGACCGCUGGCAAGGUUCAGAAGGACCGAGUAGUGGAGAGUAGAGCGGCGUUCCGACGCGGUAUGAGCAUUGCAUUCGAUCCGAAGCCAAAGCUUGACGUCCUGCCACCUGGAGGCCGGAAUUGGACACCCUACAAAGCUAGGCAAGGUGUAGUCGACUUACAGAUGGCGGAGGAAGGUGCACGCAGCUACAGCGCCGUAUCAGAGAUUGACACUCCACGCAGUGCAGCUGCGCCAAGCCAGCACGACCCUGAUCUAUCUACACCAGGGCAAGCUCGCCACGCCAAUGCUUCGCAACACUAUAAGAGCUACAGCAUGACCCCUCAUUUGCCGGGUGGCUGGAUGUCGUCACCGUCGUUGCCUCACGGAACUCCAGACUCCAGGCAGGCGUCGACGUCGGCCUCUCAGAUAACGCCUACCGCUGGAUCGUUCAUGGUUUCUGGGGAGCAGGUAAGCAAGCCCAUCUCGAGCCCUACGACCACUGAGUUUCAUCUGGACGGGCUGUCGGCUCUCAUUCUACCUCAUGUCGUACCUGGUAUCCACAUCGGCCAUCAGACCCCUGUCUCUCAUCGGUCCCUAGACAUUGAGCGCAAGCGAUGUGAGGAGUAUGCGGACUACACUAGAAGAGUCGAGGAGGGUGGGUCAGAUGCAGUCAAAGGCAGCUGGUGGAGCUUCAAGGAGGAUAGGGAGAUGAGGGGACUGGGUAUGUCGCUACCAUUCGACUGCCCUGAAUUGUCGGUCUCGCCUCGAGGGCACGGUAGAAGUCAUAGCGGAGCAGCCAGUGCGGUUCUUGCGAGUCUGGUGCGAGCGAACACCUCAGACAAAGCAGACGUCGAUGUGCACGAAAUGUCUGACCUCUGUCCCUCCAGAGCACCCUCUCCGAGUAGCGGCACAUCCUAUAGCGGGAACGUCAAGCACACUGGAACACCUCAUCGACGAAGAAGAACCAAAGACAAUGCUCUUUCAACAUCAUCCGCCACAUGUGCGGGAGAUCCAGCUGCACUUACCCAUACUCCUGACCCUCGGUCUAUUUCCCGCUCGAUGGCUCGCAGCACUUCCAUCUCCCUCGGCAGGAGCUUCGAUGGUGCGGAUCGCUCGACUGCCUCGAACCUGCUCCCAAGAAGGAGUCGGAUCAGUGGUAGCUUUCAUCAAACCCCGGUGUCCGGUAUGGGUGAUACCAUCGAAUUGGCUGAGGAGUACGAGCUUACGGAGGCCUGCCGAAUGUCACCGCCUGCAGCUCCCGACAAGCAGGCAUUUGCUGAAGAGCGGCAGCUAGAUCCGCAAGGCAGUUGUAGCCUCUCAGAAAGUAAGCCUCUGACGAAGGAUCGCAUCGCGUCUCAUGAUGCCUCUCAGGAACCAUGCUCACCUUUCUUGCAGCGUUGGGCGCAGAGCGUGAUCUCGACAGCCGACAACUACGAGGGGCCGCGAUUAGAACUAGCCCACCAUGUCGAGCCGCUAAGAACUUCUCACUCCAGUAAGCAACCUCUGAGUGCUCCGCGACCUCUGCCAUCGCCAGCAUUGACCGAAGGCCGCAAGUCGCUUGGCAGCUCAUUGGGCUUGGGGCAGUUCGAAGAUGAGCUCUCCAGCCGUCACGAAGGCUCUCGCCUGCAACACGAUCUUGGCCUUGGCAUGCCUUCCACUUUGGCACCUCCUAAGCUCGCUAGUAGAAGAGGCAGCUCGACAGGCACUGCGACUACGACAUUUGUCGGUCCAUCUCGACCGGUUUCCGACUCAACGCGGCGAAGUCUUGGGUCCGACUUUGGUCUUGCGGAGAGGGUGCGAGAGGCCGUCGAACGAGCUAAUGACGCAGAGGCGGCAGCACUCGAAGCGGAUCGAGCUGCUGGUGCUAAGCGGAUGACUAGCGACACCCUGGCUUUCUCGGACAGCUCGCUGAACACAGAGCUCGUCAUCUCACCAGACGGGACUGUAGACAUUCGAGACACUCCGAACUCAGCAACUUCGUCUCAAAGGCCAGUACAGGCGGACGCUGCGCUGUUGGCAUCUGCCUCACCGUUAAAAGGUGCAGACAACCUCAAUGACCGAAAUGACGAAAUCAUUGAUUCGCCAGAGCUUGAGCCUUUCGACAUCAGCAACCUCAAUGUUGUAGCGCAGCACUUUCACCGCUGGUCUACUGGGCCGCUCCCACCCCUUACCGAAAUGAGCGAAGAGUACGCCAGUGCUUCCCAGUCACAAUGUCACGCCAGUAUUGCUCAAAGAGGGCGCAUGAGCAACGACUGGGAAGAGCUCAACAGGACACUGCAUCAAAUCUACCAAAGACGGAACAGAGAUAGCUUCUUGAGCGAAGGGAAGGCAUCAAUACUUUCGGCAUCACUGCUUGGCUCGCCAGCUAGUCAACGCAGGAGUGGGCUCUGGGGAGCUAAUCCGCUCAGCCCUGUGGGUAGCGUUCGGUCGUUUGGUUGGGCGGAAGUGAUCCAGCAUGAGCGCAGCGUCAGUCUGGCCCAACUGCUUGCUAUCCCUUCUCAUAGCGCAGCAUCACCCGCAGCUCGUCAGCGGGUCUUGUCGAACCUCAGUCUCUCGGCAGUCACUCCGCGAAGAGCUAUCGGUCUGCGAGGUGACUUCUGGGACCAUUCCACACCUGCAGUUCCACCCCUGCCUGCCAUGGGAGCGCAGCAGCAGGAGGCUCUCGAUACAAAUGCGCCGGUGACUCCUUCCCUUCAGGUAAAGCGUAAGAAGCACGCUGUUUCACUACCAAUGCGCUCGAAGCUCGGCAUAGAUUCGGGGGGUGACGCGAAAGCCGCAAGUAGCUCGUCCACGGCAGAGCACCGAGCGAGUCCUCAGCGAUCUCCAGUGAGACGUUCAUCUGGCUUCUCCAGGCUGAGUGCAAGGCACACUUCAGUCUCUUCACUGCCUGGCAUGGCAAAGAAAGGAGCAAGGAGGCUGAGCGUGGUGGCCAAUACAGCUGCGAAAGUAAACACAAACCCGAAGAGCUCGAAUCUGCAGCCUCGCUAUCGCGCAACAUCCUUCUCGAUGUCAGAGAUGAGGUCCAGAGCCACGAGCGCAGUCAGUGGUAGUGUCCCACCCGGCGUACGUCCUCAGCAGCUGGCUGUUGCUGGUAGUCUCGCUCGAACGCCGAACAAGAAUGGCGAUGAGGCAGCACUGUUCCCUUCUAGCCCUUGGAUGAUCGUCAAUGGUCGACCUGAACUGGGUGAUACAUCGCAGAUGCAUGAAGAGCUGGCAAGACUGCUUGAAGCACACGCGCAAACAUCUUUGCCGGCAGACGACUGGGUUGACUGCCCACAAGAGGUGUUCGAUGACCGUCCAGAUGGAAGCAUCGCAGAGGAGUUCUCCAAUGUAGGCGGAAUGGCUUUUCACCCUGAGUCUAUCAAAGAGCGAGCUGGAACUUCCCACGCAUCUUGCGAGUUUGAUGCCGCUGAUUUGACCUGCAGGACCAUCAUUGCCAAGGUCAGUCAGGCUACUCCCAGCCCGCGAAAUGCGUCUUCUUCUUCCAUCCAGCUGGAUGCGAGUGUCAAGAGCAAGGUGCGACAUUUUGAGAAGCUGAGCUCUCGACCGGCUAGUGGCACCAGGGCCUUUGUGGUCAAUAGCCCUGUGCGGCGCAGAAGCGUAUACCAAUCCGUGACCUCACCGGACCGUCAAUCCCGACUGAGCUCACCUCACAAUAUGCGCGUCAUUAGUCAAGAGGAAUGGAUGAAUGACGAUGGCAAACAACAGCAGCACAAGCCAGAAGUGCCUCCUGCUACACAGGUUGCUGCGACUUCUGUAUUGAGCCCCACUCGGACCAAGACGCCAAGACGCCUGCCACUAGCGGCAUUGCUGCUCACUCAAGCCGUGUCAAACAGCGACCCUUGGCCGGCAGAUACGCCCAGCCGAGCCCGUCAUCUGGCCCAGAUGGCAGAGGUUCAGGGUGCCUGCUCCAUGAUGGACAACGCUGAUGCGACUGCUCCCUCCUCGCAGAAAAAGCGACCGGCUGGACGUCCCAAAGUCGCGAGACGGCUGACGGAGGCUCACCUGCUGUCUACUCAAUCAGCUGGACCAGUCGUUGCGGGCGAUGGCUACAGUGCGGCACCUGACGAGAAUGACACGACUGCUAUAAGGGACGGCCGACAGGGCCAGCGCUCUCGACCGAUGCCGAGGAGCCAGAUAGUCACUGCCAGGCGUAUCUAGGGCGAGGAUGCGAGGUGUUCUUUCUCGUUGAGACUUUUUCCGAUCUGGAGAGGUUGCUGUUGGUUAUCUCCUGUCGAGAAUCGUCUCUUGAUCUGUACAAUGCGAACGUCGGCUGUGC